AUGGAAGCAAACAACCGAGAUCAAAUUGUGGAUGUUGGAUCGGUGGUUGAAGCUGUUUCUGCUGAGGCCGGUGAUGCACCGCUUUACGCCCUCGAAAGCCUCUGCAUGCGUUGUCAUCAAAAUGGAACUACAAGAUUUUUGUUUACUUCAAUUCCUAACUUCAGGAAGAUUUUAUUGUCGGCUUUUGAAUGUCCUCAUUGUGGUGAGAGGAACAAUGAAGUGCAGUUUGCUGGUGAAAUUCAACCACGAGGUUGUUGUUACUCGCUAGAGAUCCCAGUGGGUGAACAAAAGAUGUUCAACCGACAAGUGGUAAAAUCAGAAUCUGCUACCAUUAAGAUACCCGAACUCGAUUUUGAGAUUCCACCAGAGGCACAGCGUGGUAGUCUGUCAACGGUUGAAGGGAUACUAAUGCGAGCUGCUGAUGAACUUCAGGCCCUUCAAGAGGAGCGCAGAAAAGUUACUCCAGAGACGGCUGAUGCAAUAGAUCAGUUCCUGGUGAAGUUGCGAGCCUGUGCCACAGCUGAAUCUUCCUUCACGUUUAUUAUUGAUGAUCCUGCUGGAAACAGUUACAUCGAAAAUCCGUUUGCACCAUCAUCUGAUCCAUCACUCACUAUCAAGUUUUAUGAGCGAACUCCUGAGCAACAAGCAUUGUUGGGAUAUUCUAAACAGAAUGAAGGAACUCAUGAUGAAGUACUGGAAAGUGGAGAAGCAACGGCUUCUGGGAGAAUGAGGAGGCAACCCCACGGGUCAGUUGGGGCAGCAGCUGGUCAACGAGCAAUUGCGCAAAGUAAUAGUGCAGAAAUCGCAGAUGCCAUAUUUCGAUAUUCUGCACCAGAAGAGGUGAUGACUUUCCCGUCUACUUGUGGAACUUGUGCCGCUAAGUGUGAAACUCGAAUGUUUGUUACCAAUAUUCCAUAUUUUCAAGAAGUAAUCGUUAUGGCAUCUACAUGUGAUGCUUGUGGUUACCGCAACUCUGAGUUGAAACCAGGUGGACGAAUUCCUGAAAAAGGAAAAAAAAUUACUCUCUAUGUGAAAAAUAUUAAGGACCUGAGCCGGGAUGUGAUUAAGUCUGAUACUGCAAGUGUACAAGUCCCUGAACUUGACUUGGAGCUGGCAAGUGGCACCAUGGGAGGACUUGUUACAACUGUUGAAGGUUUAAUUACACAAAUCGGUGAGAGCCUUAAAAAUGUUCAUGGGUUUAGUCUUGGAGACAGUCUUGAUGAACAUAAAAGAAGCAAGUGGCUAGACUUUCAAGCAAGACUAAGCAAGCUUCUUAGCUUGGAAGAAGCUUGGACUCUAAUUCUUGAUGAUGCAUUGGCUAAUUCUUUCGUAGCACCCGCAACAGAUGAUCUAAAAGACGACAAACAAUUAACAUUUGAAGAGUAUGAGAGGUCAUGGGAACAAAAUGAAGAGCUAGGUCUGAAUGAUAUUGACACCUCUUCUGCGGAUGCUGCUUAUGAAUCAACAAACACUACUAAGAUUGAUUGA